AUGGCACGCCAUAUCCGCGUGGACCGUGCCCACAGCGACGGCGACGGCGACGAGUGUGCGGCCGCCGGCGCGGGCGCAUUCGGCUGCCCCGCGUGCUCCGCGACGCUGCCGUCGCAACAUGCGCUGACGCUCCACCUGCGCUCGGAACAGCACCGCGGCGGCGGCUGCGGCGGCGGCGCGGGCGCGCCCUUCCCCUGCGGCGUCUGCGGGAAGGCGCUCAGCUCGGCGUCUUCGCGCGACCGCCACGCGCUCGUGCACUCCCGCGAGAGACCCUUCCAGUGCCGCGUGUGCGGCGUCGCCUUCACCACCAACGGCAACAUGCACCGCCACCUCCGGACGCACGAUGCGGCCCCGGAAGCUUCGCCCGCCUCGAAGCGCCGGCGCGAGUCCUGCGGCAGCAGCAGCAGCAGUAGCGCCGGCGGCAGUAGCCGCGCGGGGAGUACCAGAGGCUCGUCGCCCCCGUCUCCGACCGUGUGCAACAAGCGCAAGGUGGAGGAGGAUGGAGAUGCCUGUGAAACUUCCAUCAGGCAACGAUUACGUGGUUCCGUGGGCACAGGCUCGCCCGAAGAUUUAAGUGGUGAUGGCAAAUUACAGUGCCCAGUGUGUGAGAGACAUGAAUUUCCUUCUGUUGUCUCACUUGAAUUACACAUCAAUAAGAUGCAUCCAGGUACUGAUACACCAUUCUACAAGUUGCAUCAGCUGCAGGACAACAAAAUACGCUGUGAUAUUUGUGGCGCUGCUUUCCGCAAUAGUCGUGACCUCGAUAUGCACAGAUAUGCUGCUCAUGACACAGUUGUCGGAUUUCAGGACCUCACUUUUGUUGACUUCUCCAGCUCAAAAUUUCCACAUAUUGCCCGUGCUGUGUGUGAACAAUCACUGCACCGGCCAUCGAAAGCAACAUGUCCAAGAUUCCAGUGCCUCCACUGUCACCGAUCCUUCCCCUGCGAUAGUGCUCUUAAGAUUCAUAUACAUGCUGGCUGUGGCUUGGCAGCGACGACUUCUUCAGAUAGUGCUGAAAGUGAUGGUCCUACUGAUCUCAGUUGUCACUCAGGAAGGCGGCAAGUCUCUCCAUCAGAAUCAGAAGAUGAAACACCUGAAGAAAAGAAGAGGCAUGAUUUCUUUUCAUGCCUUGAUCUCCGUAAUAAAGUAUCAUCUCAGGUGCCUUAUGAAACACCUUCACCAGGACCUCAGUUCAAGGAAGACAGUUUGGAGCAACCUUCUGACUUUUCAAACUUUGAUCAGUCACCACAAAUGGGCACUAGAGAUUUGGCAGAUAUUCAGAGCAUGAUCUCUGUAACAUCAGUUGGUGGGAUAUUGCCAGAGCUCUCCAAAUCCCCAUCUCCUCCUCCUCCUCCUCCUUCAUCAUGCCAUAGUGCCAGUGGUGAUCUCACACCUCCAGAUUCAGCUGUCAAAGAAGAGGAACAACAAGAUCUAUUUGCUGCAGAGUUUCGACGCAUGAAGUUGCGUGGGGAAUUCCCAUGUCGACUGUGUGAUGCAGUUUUUCCAAAUUUACGAGCACUCAAAGGUCACAGCAGAGCACAUUUGUCAGCAGGAUGCUGCAAUGUGUGUCCGUUCACCCACUCUGAUCGCACCAUUCUUUUGCGGCAUAUGCGAUCUCACAAUGGAGACCGCCCUUAUGAAUGUGCUCUAUGCAACUAUGCUUUCACAACGAAGGCCAAUUGUGAGAGGCAUCUGAGAAAUCGCCAUUCCAAACUGUCUCGUGACGAUGUGAAAAAAUCUAUUAUUUAUCAUCCCUCUGAGGAUCCUACAAAUGAUCCAGAGCUGCAGGGGAAGAUAACAACAAAAUUAGACGUAAAGAGGAGUCUUGUAUUUGCAUCUGGCUCAUCAGAAGAAUAUGGCACUGGACAUCUUCUGAGUACAGCAUUGUCACAUUCCAGACCUGAUAUCACCAAAGAGACCACUGAGGAAGUGAAACUAGACAUUCCCAUGUCAUUGCAGGAAAGAUUACGACCCACUGCUACUACUGAUACUACAAACAAUGACAGUGUAAAAACACCAUUACUAAUAGAUAAACCAGACAAGAUAGAGGACCCAACUAUUUCUUGUAACACACUACCACAGGUAUCAGAGGAGAGUCUAAUGUCUGUGACUGUGAAGAAAGAGGAAAAUGAAAAUGAACAUGAACCAGAGGCAGAGGUAGAGCCUGAAGAUGAUCAGCAAAAUAUACAAGACAAAGAAACACUAAUCACUUUCACAAACCAGUUUUCCAGUUUAGUCAGUCAAAGCCAAAGACCUAUAUGUGCCUCAGCUAUCACGUGUGGUGCAACACCAUAUGGUAGAGACGUAAAUUCACCAUUGGAUCUCAGUAUGGAUGCCUUGGACUUGCGCAAGAAGAAGAAGAAGGAACCCUCACCAUCACCUCCCCCAUGUCAUUCACCAUUUCCUUCAGCAGAUGAUGAUGAUGAAGAUGCUGAAAAGCCUCAGGAUUUAUCCAAAAAGUCUGCUACUCCUGUAUCAUCUAGUCACUACACUGACAAAAUCCGAAAAUCUCUCUUUGGAUCACAGGUCAAAGCUGAAAAUCAAGUCCCCUUAGUAAUGAGCAAUAGCCCUGGCUCCAUUUUGGCACAGCAUAUUUUGAAUACAGUCAGCAAUCGUGCUUCAAAUCUCCCACCUCAUCUUAACCAGAAUCCUCCACAGUCACCCAAUACAGAUGUUCCUGCAACCAGAUACUUUCCACAGUUUGGUUCACCAUACAUAUCAUCUAUUUUCCCUUAUUUUUUGAUUCCCUCACCUUCUAGACCAAUCUUUCCUCCCACAUCAAAUUUGCAGGAAGUGGAAGAAAUGAAGGAACGUUUGCUGCAAAAGGAAUUAAUUCGUGAAAUACGGCUUACUUGUGGUGGAAAAGUAUUAAGUGCAGUGCCUGGAAAUGAACAGAUUAAUAGACACCCACAAACUUUCCAAGACUCUUCAAAUGAUUUCAGUAGCAGGAAUGCCAGUAUGAAGUUGAAGCAGGAAAUUGACACCAAUGUUCCUGUCCCCGUGGCUGAAAAGGCAGAUAUAAUACAUCACAUGCCACCAAAACCAGUUACUAUAUCCCGGGAUCUACCUGCUGUACCAUCAUCCUCUGUAAAAAUGGUGAUCAAGAAUGGUGUUCUGAUGCCAAAGCAAAAGCAAAGAAGGUACCGCACUGAGAGGCCGUUUGCAUGUGAACACUGUUCAGCACGAUUUACACUCCGUUCAAAUAUGGAGCGACAUAUAAAGCAGCAACACCCUCAGUUAUGGAGUCAGCGACAACGAACAGUGGGAGGACCAGGAAGGAGGCCACAACCACCUCCGAAUGUUACGUGCACUGAUAUGCAAGAUGUGCCCCAUCUUCUCACUAUUCCACGACCAGUUACAGAGGUUCUGAAGGAGCAGCAACGGUCUACAUCCAGCAACAACUGCACAAUCUUCAACAGUAGCAGUGUUACUUCCACUGCUACCGUCACUCCCACCACUAGCAUAAAUAUUGCAGCAACAGCAGUGGUGACUACCACAGGCACUACAGUUGUUACUCCAGCCACUUCCAUGAGGAAUGAAGAUAACAGUCACAACACUAAUAAUUGUGGUUCAAAGACUUACAUCUCAGAUGAAGUGAAACAUGCAAUUGCUCAACAGCUGAAAUCAAAAUUGUCUGUAUCAGCUGAUGAUGCAGAUGAUGAAGCUGAACUGGUCAUUGAUGAGAGUGAGCAGUCCCCGAACCCAACUCCGCAGCCUCCAGUUCCCUCUAUUACAGUUGUGUCACCAGAGGAACUGGAAAUGAGAGCAGGAGUAGGCACAGACCUUGCAAGUGUCUCCAGAUUGCUAGAUGCAGCAAAUCAACAAACCCAUGCUUUCCAGCGAUAUUUCAAACUGGAGGACAAUAGUGAGGAAGAUGAGGAUGGCCUUGUUGCUGGAAGCAGUGAUGAGAACAGGUCUGAGACGGAGCUUACACCCCCAUCAGAUGUCAAGAAGAAAAGUGCAUAUUCCCUGGCACCAAAUCGGGUCUCAUGCCCUUACUGCAACCGCAAAUUCCCAUGGUCAUCCUCACUAAGGCGUCAUGUCCUGACCCACACAGGUCAAAAACCAUUUAAAUGCAAACACUGCCCACUGCUUUUCACUACAAAAUCAAACUGUGACCGUCAUUUAUUGCGUAAACAUGGUGGAAGUAGUGGGAGUCAGGCUGUUAAUGCAAGUGCAGUUGGGAGCGCAAGCAGCAGUGGGGAAACUUCUCCUGGGGCAGUAAACUCUGCAACACGUAACGUACCUGAACGGCCAUACAAAUGUCACCAGUGCCCGAGUUCAACAUUUUCAACUCAGAGCAAUUUGCGUAAACAUUUGUCCACGAAGCAUGGGAAUCAAACUGGCAGUAGUCCCACUGGCAGUGGUAGUGAUGAACCGUCGUCUGUAGACCCCGAAGUAAGUGUUCUGACAGACUCACCUCCUCCAAUAACUCCUGUGCUUGUGGCACUACCUCCAGUGCCUGAAGCGAGCACAGUAGCCACACCAGCUGUGUCACCCGUUGCACCUCCUGCUGUGACUAUAGAGGAAGCAUCACCUACAGUGGUGCCCUGCAUUGUACCCAGCAGAUUAUCUUCACAACUAAAUCAAACUUCUGCAGCAGUGGACACAUUGCCAUCUUCUGAGCUGCCAUUCAAGUGUCACUUAUGUGAUGGGAGUUACGCAGAAAGGCAAGAUGCACUCAAUCACAUACAAGAAUGCCAUACUGCUGAAUUUGAGCUACUUGUAAUGAAAGGUGCCCUUGAAGCUGCUGAAGACAAUAACAACAUCAGUAACAGUGGAGCAAUGGGUGUUGUGAAGGAAGAAGGAAACCAUACACAUGUGGCACAACACAAUCCAGAGGAAGGGAUGGAAUCAGCCAGAGGAAAAUUUCCAGAUUAUGCCAACCGGAAGGUGAUGUGUGCUUUCUGUAUGCGACGUUUUUGGUCAGCAGAGGAUUUGCGCCGUCAUAUGCGUACACAUACUGGUGAGAGGCCAUUCUCUUGUGAUGUCUGUCGCCGGCGUUUCACAUUGAAACACAGUAUGCUUCGACACCGCAAAAAACAUGGAGGCUGUGCAGCAGCUAGUGUGACACCACUUGUGACUGAAAGUGAUGGAUGUGUAAGUGUGACUGAUAACAGCAGCCCCCCGGGAAACAACAACAACAACAGUAGUAGCAACAACAACAACAUCAAUAGUAACAACAACAAUAAUGAUGAUGCUACCACACCGUCAGUUGUUAAAGGUCGGGGUGAAUCAGAAGAUGCGUCAGAUCUCAUAGGUAAUCUACUUGGCAUCCAGGACCGUUCUAUCAUAGACAAAGCUCUCCAGGCUCGGUCAGCCGAUGAUGCGGCAAAACUUCUUGGUGUCAAACAAUGAAAGAGUUUCUCAUGUCAACUUAGGGAAUACAGACUUGCAGUUACCUGUGAAAGAUCUAGAAACUAUUAUUUACACACAGAUCAAAGACUUAAGUAAUAUGGCAAUAAACAAAUUUUGGUGUGUAUUGGACUUGAGGAGAAUUAUAUAUUUAAAUUUGUGAUGUUGUCAGUAUAUUUCUACUAUUUUGUUUGAACAUGUGGUACGAUGUGUGGGUAACAGAAUAUUUGUUGUGUGGUUAUUUUGUGUGUUAUGUUUGCAGUGUUUUCUACCUCACGUUGUAGGAUUACAUUUGCAAAAAAUCAUUCAAGAGUUUUCACUUUAAUUUCUGAAGUUCAUUUAAGUAUUAUGCCAUGCCAAAAAGUAGUUGAACACAAUACAGUAAUGAUAAAUGUACACUAUAAUGAAUGUUAAUGGUUAUAGUCCUGUUGUAAAUUAUGUCUGAAUGCUCUGGUAAUACAUUUUUACAACAUAGCUUCAUUAGUGUAAGUCUGUAUAGUUGCUUAAUGCAUGAACAUGUAGCUGGUGGGUGCACUUUGUGCACACGUAAGCUACAGAAUAUCCAAAGAUUCUAUGAGUAAGAUUAUUUUAUUGAGUAGAUAUCAAACAAGUAUUACCAAAAUAAUUAUAAAGUGUGUGAAACACAAACAUAUAUUACAGGAGGCUAGCAAUGUAAAUACUGGUACUGGCUAAUUAGUAUUUACAUUGCAGAUACUGAUUUGCCUUUAUAAAAUAAUUCAGUUUCAUCAACAUAUGCUAAUUAUUUUUAUUCUUUUAGAGGUUAGAUAGCCAGACAAUCAAAAUAUAAGGAUGUGAUAAAGUGACUACUUCUUACUUAUUUAAUACAAAAGCUCAGGCCAUAUUAAGUAGGUGAUGUACAAUAUUGCACCAUAUUUUUCUUGUGAAAACUAAGUUGUAUAAAAUAAUGUUGCAGUUAAAGCUGUAACUAACGGUGGUGUCUACAAGUUAUAUAACAAAAGGCAAUCAUUAUUAAUAACAUUUUUUCCUGAAAUUCCAAAACUGAAGUUUUAGUCUCGUUCAAAGUUUUCUAGUCUGGGACAUACUUGCUGAUAAAGAUGUUGGCUGUGCUAUGUCACUUACUUUUUUCACUUUGGUGCUAGUUUCCAAAAGUGUUAAAUUAUUUGUGAUUAGAGUGACAAAUUCAACACAGUCUAUUUUGAUUAUGAGAGACUCUUCAUUUGUGGGUACCUAGCUGCCCAAAUGCAAAAGACAUUUUGUGCCAGUUAUUUGGCGAAGAGAAACCUGCUACUGCUUGAUGGUUGUAAUUCUUAUAAGUUACCAUCACAUUAGAUUCACAACGGGUCUUUUUUUUUUUACUGUAAAGGAAGGUCAGUUGUGAGGUCUUACAUCUGGAGUACAUAUUAUCCACCCAAUUUGUUAUAUAUUCAGGUAAUAUGAAGAAAAGGUUAUUAAAUAAUGAGACAACUUCUUGUUCUAAAAACUUUUAUUGUGUGAACAUCAUUUCAUAGACUUACUCGUUGAGAAGAGAAUCAUUCAUCCAUUUUCCUUGUAUAUUCUGAAAGAGAGCAAAGGCCUUUAUCUUCACUUAUAUUCUGCACAGUAUGAGUGAGUUGUGUGAUAAAUCUAGCAAUGAGUGCGGCAUUAAAUAUCAUUCUGUGUUGCACAAGUCACUAAUUGUUAAUCAACCUAUUACAGAAACUAUUUUAAAAUUAUUUAUUUACAUUCGUAUAAUUUCAUACACUACAAAUAAAAAUUGCAGAUUUAAUUUGUUAUUAUUAUGAUUGUUAUUGAGGCUUUGAUUAUACUUUACUUUAAAGAACUGAUUUCAACAUUCCAAAGUUUACUGUAACAGCAUUUUAUUUUACUGUCUGUAGUGUACAAUUCAGCUGUAUGGUGUAAACAUUCAUGUAAAAAUGAUUUAUUUAUGAGGUAUUUGUCUAAUAAGAAACCAAAAAUGUUAUUUAAAUGUCCAAAAUUUGGAUUUUGAUGGAAGAUCUGAUACUGUAUAUAAAUAUAUACAAAGUGUGGCCCCAAUUGCAUGUGCGUAGGCACAUACCUGCAGGGUAAAAUGUUAAUUAUUUCUAUUUUGUAUUGAAUGUAAAAUAGCCAUGAUUUGAAUUUAAUAAUAUUAUUAUUUUCCUCUAAGUUAAAACACAAUGGCUUUUUAUACA